UGCAGUAGGUGCUGGAAGUGCAGUAGCAAGACGUCCUUCUGUCCUUCGUGUGGUGUACACAUGGUGAGGGGGAGUGUUGGAACACUGGAGACGUUGAUUCCAUGACGGUGAUAUUAGCAAGCAAUGGGCCGCGCACCCUCUACAGGUGACCAGUAAGCGACCACACCAUAAAAUGUGGAAACAGUUAAUGAUGGUGUUGAGCGCUCUCGUUAGGGAAGAGGAAGAGCAAGAAAUGAGAAAGAAGUGGGAUGAGAGGAUGAAGGAGGAUGUGUAGAGAGGGGAAGAGGAAGAGAAGGAGGUGAGCGGCCGGCCGGGGAAGUCGCUCCAACGCUUUCGUGUUGACAACACCACAGACGGCCAACAUGGCGGCUGCAGCGCCCACUCUGGAAGCCCUUAUCCAGAAGACCACGAGUCCUCUAAAUACCGAGGAUGACCCAAAUUCCAUCCAGGCUGUAUGUCAGGCAGUUACUGCUGAACCGGGUGGUGUUCAGACAGCUGUCAGACUCCUUGCCCACAAAAUACAGUCUCCUCAGGAACGAGAGGCGCUGCAGGCUCUUUGCGUUCUGCAAGCUUGUGUAAAUAACUGUGGUCCCACCUUCCAUUCCGAGAUUGGUAAAUUCCGUUUUUUAAAUGAGAUGAUUAAGUUAGUGUCGCCGAAAUAUCUGGGGAACCACACACACAUAAUGGUGAAGACAAAAGUCGUGGAGCUUCUCUUCACCUGGACCAUUGAUUUAAAGGCAGAGCCCAAGAUCCUUGAAGCUUAUAACAUGUUGAAGAAACAAGGUGUAGUUAAGGAGGACCCUCAAUACGUAGGAGCCCCAACUAUACCCGAGCCUAGAUCUCGAGCAAAUGCAGUCUUUGAAGAUGAGGAAAAGUCUCGUUUGCUUCAGAGGCUUCUGCAGAGUAAGAAUCCAGAAGAUCUUCAUAAAGCUAAUGCUCUCAUUAAAUCAAUGGUGAAAGAAGAUGAGAGAAGAAUGGAACGAACUAGCAGAAGAAUAGUAGAGGUUGAAACUGCUAUGAAUAACGUGCGCGUGCUGGAUGAUAUGUUGUCGCGCCAUCAAGAAAGUCCAGCAAGCCAAGCUGACUUAGACUUAAUGUUGGAGCUACACUCCUCUUGUUCGUCGCUUAGGUCAAAUUUGUAUCGACUUGUCUCCGAGAUGGAUGAUAAAGAAGAGGGAAUUGGUGACCUACUUAAGGCAAAUGAUGAAUUGUCGAGAGUGAUGGGACGCUAUAAGCUGAUCGUUGAAGGAACCAAAGUUGAGCACCAAGGAACAGAAGGGGAAAGUCAACAUCAUAAAUAUAGUGGGGAAGGACUGUCUCAAAAGGAUGGAGAAAUUCUUCUUGAUCUAUCAACACCAGAGGAUAUGCCAAGUAAUCAAGGACUGGCAAGUCUUGUUAACCAGGACCUUCAGAAGAAAUGUACAGAAGUAGUUAUAGAAGGUUUGAACUAUGGCCGAACAUGCAUAACCUCUUUCGACGAACCUGUCGUGGAGAACAACACUUCGUUACUGGAUCUCGGAGGAAUCUUCUCGGCCUCGGCCAACUCCUCAGCAGUGUCGGCAGAGUUGCAGCUGGAUGCAGCGUUACCCACAGCCAUGGCUCCGACACUUGUACCACAAACCUCCACUUCACUUGAUAAUAAUCGACAAGAUGCACAAUCCAAGGAGCGGCCUGACCCUCUGGAGGACCUAGCAGCCUUGGGUACAUCACUGAUUAAGCAGAGUCUACCAGCCAAUGCUCAAGUUCAAGUUCAGUUUAAACCCCUGGAGAAGCUGAGCAUGAAUCAGUUGAAGCAGCAACAACAAAGUGUAAACCUCACUGCAGCAUCUUUGAAUUCAACUGGAAGCCUGCUACCUAAUCCGGGCCCACUAGUUGGACCACUCGGCACUCAUCACUUUCCUUCCAGUGUUCCCUUGGUCUCUGGUGCUAGUAAUGCUAAUGGAGAUUCUGUGGAUUCCUUGCUAAAUUUAGACUUGUUAAGUGGGAACAUUAGUGUUGAUUUGGUGUCUGAUGGAAUAAAGUCGAGCCAUAGUACUGUUAACAAAAUGAAGCCCCUAGAGGACAGUAAUCUGUUAGAUAGUCAUGAUGAUAGUUUAAUAGAAGCGUCGUCUUCUAACACAAUACGUGAAGUUGCAAACGACACCCAAAAACACUCUCAGGAAAACAAAAAUAGUGUGUGUGAAAGUAGCAGAAGAAGAACAAGUUCAACAUCAAAUCCCCAAUUUAUGGAAGUGAAGCCCAUGACGGAUAUUAAGGUUACUUUAGAAAUGAUAAAGCCAGGGAGACAAGGAUCAGUAACUGUUUUGGAUAGUAACGAUGUUAACGUUACACUCCACUUCACGGAAAAUCAGCCUCGAAGCGAUGUUUCUGUUGUAGUUGUAUCUACAAUAUCUCACAAUUCACAACCUAUAUCAAAUUAUGUUCUUCAAGCUGUUGUGCCUAAGGGCUGUAAAGUGCGAUUACAACCGCCGUCAUCAACUGACUUAGCAGCUUAUAGCCCUUUCCUGCCUCCUCCAGCUAUUACACAGAUUAUGCUUAUUGCCAAUCCAAAUCAAUUGAAUGUGUCCCUGAAGAUCAUGCUCAGUUACACUCUAGAUGACGAUCCAGUCACAGAGAUGGGAGAAGUAGGAAGUCUUCCUCUAUAGAGAAUUAUUUUAGACUAGAUUUUUGUUAUUUCCUCGUCCUGUAGGCACGGACAAAAUCGCAAGUAUGCCUCAGUUGUGUGGUGCGGACACCAAAGUGUGGUAAGCUACAGCCACAUUAUAGUCACAUCUCUAGCUGUGAGGGUGUGACAAGAUUUAUGGCAUUAACAUUACCACUUAAAAUGAGACACUUAACUCACAGAUCUGAAAGUAAAGGAAUUCACGACGUUUUGGUCCAGGAGGGACCAUCACAUGACUUGAUAAUGGUCCAGGAGGGACCGAACCAUUGUUAAUGCCUUUAUUUUCAGAUUUGUAGGCUGGGUGUCUGUUUUCAGCUAUUGUGACCUAUUGUCUCCACCACUUAAAAUAAUUUGGGUCAAAAUUUCUGAAUUUUCAAGCUGAGCAGAGUCCUCUGCAGUCAGCCAGUGGUAUGAGUGGUGUUCCAUUACUGACUAAUGAUAACUUGUUAUUGCUACGUUAAAAUUAGUUUUGUAAGUUUAUAAUUUACACUUCAAAUAUUUAUGUUAUAAAUAUAAAGAAAUACUUUUAUUCCAAAAUAAUACUUUGAAUUAUCUA